AUGGAUUCACAGGAGGAGGAGAAUAUUGUCAUCAAGAAGGACCGUCGUGAGAAGAAGGAGAAAAAGGACAAGAAGCGCUCAAAAUCUCAACCCGCGCCCGAGGUUGCUGAUACCGAUGCUGUCGACGAGUCGUCCGAGACACCAGCGAAGAAGCGCAAGCGAGAAGCUCUUGCCGACGAAAUCGAGAUCGACGUUAGUCUGCCGGAACCUUCCUCGAAGAAAGCCGCCCGCAAAGCAAAGAAGGCGAAACUGAACCCUACGCCGGCAGCCGACAAGGACGGAGCAACGGAUACGAAAACAGAUGCGGCGUCCAAGGAAGAGAGCGGGAAGCGCUCGGAUUUUGGUGUGUGGAUAGGCAAUCUGCCAUGGUCUGCCACCAAGGACUCGCUACGAACAUUCCUCGUCGAGAAUGCAGAGAUGAAGAGCGAGCACAUUACAAGAGUACAUCUGCCGCCACCCACGAAGCCGGUCAACCCCAAUUGGUCCACCAAGCCUCUUAACAAAGGCUUUGCCUAUGUCGACUUUUCCACAGAGCUGGCCAUGUACUCGGCUAUUGCGUUGACUGAGACUAAGAUGGAUGGCCGCGCGCUGCUCAUUAAGAAUGCAAAGAGCUUUGAAGGGCGGCCGGACAAGCCCAAGGUGGAGCAAGAACAGGACACUGGUCGUGGAGGCAAAGUUGCCGCCAAAGGAGCCCAUCCACCGAAUAAGCGCGUCUUUGUCGGCAACCUCUCGUUCGACGUCACGAAGGAGGAUCUCGAGCAACACUACAGCGAGUGCGGGCCUCUCGAACACAUUCACAUGGCUACAUUUGAAGACUCGGGCAAGUGCAAGGGCUACGCGUGGGUCACAUUCGGCGAUGUCGAAGCUGCGACCUCAGCAGUCAAGGGCUUCGUGUUCAAGGAUGAGUCUGAUUUCAAGAGCAAGAAGAAGGACAAGGUGGAAAGCGACGAGGAAGCGGACGACAAGAAGAAGAGCGGGAAGAAGAGGAAGUGGUUGCUCAACAAGCUCUUUGGCCGAGAGUUGCGCUGCGAGUUUGCAGAAGACUCUACUACGCGCUAUAACAAGCGUUAUGGCAAGGAUAAGCCGGCCGAGGCCGUUGAAGGCGUGAACCCAGACCGGUGGAAGAACUUUGGCAACAGCGGGGGGAAUGAUGCUGGCAAUGGCGGCGAGGAACGAAGAGGGCGCAAGAAGGUGGAUCCAAGGACAAUCAGGAGCGGUGCAGCUCACACAAAUGCUCCCCGGGCCAGCCAUGCUAUUGUGGAGUCGCAGGGUACGAAGACGACGUUUGAUUGA